AUUUUAAAAUUUUUUGUACUUAAAAUAUGAUAAAUAUAAAUUUCGUUCAAUAUUAUGCAAUUAUACUGUUUAAACAAACAAUAUAUUAAAAAUAAAUGCAAUCAGGCAUUUCGAUAAUCAAUUUCAUCAUGUACAAAAUAAACGAAAAAUAUUUCUUGAUUUUAUUAUAAAUUACAAUAGAUAGUAAGAUGAAUAUUGAUAUAUAUUCCUAUACUAUAUCCAUCCAAUCACAAGUCAUGAUAACGAAUAUAGUUACUGGCUUUUGUCCAUAAUGAUCCGGAUGUUCCUAAUUUUAUCAAUCCAGAAUCUUUUAUCGCACGUACUGAUUUUCUCGAUUGCUUCUUAUUACUUUGUUAUCGAAGACAAUUCAAUUCUUUUAUGUUAUAAAUACGCAAUCACAAUGCAUUUCCGAAUAUAUAUACAUAUGUAUAUAUAUAUUUAUAUAUGUAUAUAUAUAUAUAUAUAUAUAUUAUUAUUAUUCAUUUUAUAUAAUCAAGACAUAAGCACAUCGCUGUUAGUUUUUUUAUGUAUCAGUUUCCAUCAACGCGAAUUUUGAUACGUAACAUCGUAAAACGUAUAAAACUUGGGUGAUCGUAUAAUGAAUUCAUGUCGCGCGCCAUCAGUGCGUAAAUAGUAUGAAAUGAUCGUUCGUGGCGCGCGUAUAAACUGUGCAGCACGGUGCCAUAGUGCCGUUCAUUGAUUGCGCUUGUCCGGUGCCAUAUUCCACGUUCCAGAGCGUGGCGUUUAUUGCGCAAAAUCCAAUCACUAGAGUUUCGCCAUUUUUGUUGACCAUUCAGUAGUUUCACCGAAAACGGCUAUAAGCUAGUCUGGUCGACAAAUUGGUCAUGCUUGAUACCUAAAUAUCGAUUCAUCUCGAUUAGGAUCGAGAACCGCGAUUAAAUUCCUCGAAACGUUAGAAUUCUUGCCGUUUUCUUCUUUUUUUACGAUAUUAUUUUAUUUAUACAAAUACAUAUUGUAUCUACAUACAUAUAAAAGUAUUUUGAUUGUUCCUACGAAUUUUGCGAUUGAAUUACCCAUCAGUAACACAAGUUUGAUAUAUUCUUAAUUCCUCACCAUGAAAUAACAAUACGAAAUCUUUAUUUUUGCAAUGAAAUUUGAGUCAAAUGAUUUCUCCGCAUGCUUCGUUGUGCAAUUUUAGAUCCGUGGGAAUAAAAUAGUGGGAUAAAAACGAACGAGGAAAAGGGAAAUAGAAAAAAAAUCGGCAGACGAAUACGAGACAUACUAAAAUUUCUAAUACGCACGAUUCUCAAGAUUUUAUAAACCUACUGUUCAUUUCUCUGUUCUAUACUAUUUUUAGCGCGUGCAUAGGCACUGAGAAGUUCGAACGAUUUCACAGUAAUAGAAGCCAGCAAACAUGCAAUUGCGUAAAUCGUGCAAUGUCUGUCAAUGACACAAGUAUUGGAUUGAGAGUUUGCAGGAAAAAUAGAAAAAUAAUAAACAAGAUGCCACAACGUGUUAAAAGUGUGUCUAACGAAAACAAAACACAAAUCAAGGAAGAAGCUUCCACGUCGUCCGUUCUUUCUGAGAAUACCGAUGACGAUGACCCAAAUGUAGCCGAAGUUGUUUUAUCAAACAAGGGAGGACCGAAGUUAAUUCAUCAUGGCUAUAUGUACACACUGCAUAAAAAGCAACCAUACAAUAUCCGAUGGAGAUGCGUCGGCAGAACUAUGCAUUGUAGAGGCAGUCUUAUCACAACUACGAGUUGCACGAAACCAAGGGUGCGUAUGGAACACAAUCAUAAACCAGAUUUUGCGGCUGCUCAAGUUGCCAGGAAACGUUACUUGGCUCUUGGUAAACCUUGUGUGCUAACAAAUAUUGAAGGGAAUACUGACAAUUCUAUAAACGUACCACAACGAGUAGUUCAUAUAGAAAAUGAUUUAUCAGAGGAGAAAAAAGAGAGGAGACCGAAGACACGAGCCACAUCUAGAAAAAUAUUACAAUCACCUUCUUCAAGUAAUUCAACUGGCAAAACUAUAAGAAUAGCAGCACAGUCCUUGGUAAGAUCUCAUAUUAGAAACAUUGCACCAGCACCUAUAUCACAGCAGCAACAACAGCAACGUCAACCAAAGACUCUUGUGUUAAAAACAAUCCCCUUAAAAGUAAAGCAAGUUGCACCUACAACCAUUAAAAUGCCACCACGACAAACUAGUCAAGGAGUACCUCAUAAUAUUGUACAUCAACAACCUACAGAGGUUUGUUUGAGAUGGAACAGUUAUCAUAGUAACAUGCAAAACAGUUUUCCAUCUUUAUUGGAUUCUGAACAGUUUGUUGAUGUUACAUUGGCUUGCGAAGGCCGUUCGUUAAAGUGUCAUAAAAUGAUAUUGUCAUCCUGUAGCGAUUAUCUCGCAGAUUUAUUACGAGAAAAUCCAUGUCAACAUCCAAUUAUUUUAAUGAAAGAUCUUAAAUUUUGGGAAGUUGAAGCACUAGUCAAAUUCAUGUAUCGCGGAGAAGUGAACGUAGCUCAUGAUAAACUGCCCCAACUAUUAAAUGCAGCCGAAGCAUUACAAGUGAAAGGAUUAGCUGGACCCAAUCCUUCUUCACAGAAUUCAAAACCACCUUUACUUAUUCCACAAUCAAAGCCAAUAGUAUCUCAACCAGUUUCGCGAAUCGCUUCAGAGACCAAAGAGAAAGCUUCCACUUCCGGAGUUUCUACGCUUUCUAGUCCUAAACGUGCGCAAAAACGACAACAUUCAGAACCAAUUGAACCAAAACCCUUUACUAAAAUACGUUUACAACGACCUGUUACACCUACAUCACCGACUACUACUGUUAAACUUGAACCUUUAGAUAUUCCUCUUAGUCCUACAGAGAUAUUUCCUGAAAAUAAUGAAGACAGUUCAACUCCGUCGAACUUUGACAAACUUAUGAGUUUACAUGAAGAAGAUGAUCCAGGUGGUAAUGAAGCUAUUGAUGGUGAAAGAGAAAUUAAUUUCUGUGAGAUACCUGAACCGCCCGAUAUAAAUGAUAGCGAAGAUCAAAUGGAAUUCGUACCUACGGACUUUUUAGAACAGGAACAAGAUAUAGUCGAAGAAACUGAAAUAGCCACGAACAAAGAUUGCAAAGAAGAAACUAGAGAAGAUAGUUCUGUUGAACUUGAAGUCGGCGAAGGAAAUGGAGUGAAAAAAGAACAAUGUUCAAAAGAAAAAAAACCAGUUUAGUAAGAUGAUCAGUGAAUUCAGUACUUGGUUUGUUUAAUGAAAUAAGAUCUAUGUUUGAUUUUUUUUAAAUAGAUUUUUAGAAUUAUCCAGUAUUGUCAUGAGAUCUUUAUUCUCCAUUGAACAUUGAUUUCGAUUAUUUUCUUUUUUUUUCAGAAUUAAUACAAAAAAGAAUAAUGUAUAUAUUAUUUUUAUGAUAAUGUUUUACAAAAUUUAUCGUUAUAAUAGAUUAAUUUGAAAAUUCUAUUUUAUUUAUAUUUGAUCAAUUAAAAUACAGUAUGAAGUUGUAUAAUGAUAUGUCAUUUAUUCAAAGUAAUAUGGCAAAUAUUUCAUCUACAUUGUAAAUAGAACGUAAACGAAAAAAGUAAAACUAUUUUUACCACUUAUUAUAUGAAUCGUAGUGACUACGAUAUAUAUCGGAUAUCUUUCGAAUAUUUUCUCCAAGUACACGGUUCAAAACUGAUAUUUCUAUACAAAAAAUAAUGCCAGAAGAUAUAAUUGAAGUAAAGAUUACUAAUUAAUUGUAUAUAGUUACAAAAGUACCUAUAACUAAUUUUAGUUUAAUCAUAUAAUUAAAAAUUUGAGUUUGACAUUGACGUUUAAUUAUUAUAACGUCUUUAAUUAUUAUAAUAUCUUUAAUUAUUACAAUUUAUUUGUUAAAAAAACUCGAUCUACACUUUUAUAUUAUAAUCUUGUAAUUCGCAGAUUAACUUCAAUAAUCAAGUAGAAGUUGAUCAAUCAUUUUAAAUAAUGCAAUUUUUACUUUGAAUCAUUGUUGAAAAUUUACAGAUUACUUUUCUAUUUCUAUUACAAAUAUGCUAACAACAUAUAAAGAAUGUUGCUUCUUUAAUGAAAAGUUGUACCUGUUAACUUGAAAAGUGUUUGCAGUAUAAUCUAAUGAAGAAACAGUACAACAAAUAAAUGUUUUUUUGUGUUUUAUUUUUUUUUUUUUGUUUAUUCUAUUCUUUUAUUAUAUAUAUUGUAUGUAUGCAUUAUUUGAAAUGGUAUGUCUGAUUUUACUAAUAAAUUAAUAAAAAAUCAAUGCAUUUAUAAUAUAUUAAUCAUAAAAAAUUAAUAUUAUAUCAAAUUGCAAAAUUAAUAAAUUGAUAACUGAAUGUUAUAUUUUUUAUUACAUUGUAAUCUUUUUCUUAGAUUUUUAAAGAUUAUUAUGUAUAUUUUUUCCAAAAAAAUUAUUAUACCUGUAUGUAAGCGUUAUGUAAAAGUAACAUUCUACGUAUAUGGUAUAUAUUACAUAGAAACUAGAGGCAAAAUUUUAUUGUAAAAAUCUAUAUAUGAUUGGAAAGUAUAUGUACAUUGUAACAUGUGAAAUUAUGUCUUAUAAAUAAAUUGCUAUAAUAGUACAUA